CUAAGAGAACCGUUGAURCAAAUCACAUGCCUACUACAGUGCCUGAUUCACAGACCUCAUCCGCUUUUAGCACUGCUAUCAUUGCAAUUCAGMACACUUCGUACACAUAGUAUCGCUCUUCCAAUAUCAAACCAAACAGCACUGCAUCCAUUAUGAACGCUGCAACAACAUACGUCGUCAAGGCCACUGUUCUCCUUUGCAUCGGCCGUCAUGUCUGCGAGGGAUUUACCACAACUCCGCCGAUGACGCAUCGUCAGCAACACCAGAACGAAGCAAUUUCCGGAGAAAUAAGUCGAAGAGUCAAUACUGUUGCUCUUUCGACAACGCCGCCACCGACCGCAACCCGGAUGGCACUUCGUUCCUCCUUYUACGACGAUUUCGAGGAUUUUGAGAUGAACAAGGACGGCGAGGAUGACGACGACGACGACGASGACGAAUACGCCGAAAUUGACGAGCGAUCGAUCGCCGAUUUCAAAUCCAAAAUGUCCAAUUUGUUUGACGAUUCUGGUGGUGAUGGAGACAAGAGUGCGGAAGAAGGAAUGGGAACCAUCGACGACCUSAUCGACUUCGCCCGCAAGCAGCAGGCCGAAGAAGACUCGGCCUCUGCUUCGGCUGUCCCGGCCGCUGCACCCGGAGACUGGGCCAAGGCCACGACGGAAAUCGGACCAGGWACCGUSCUGGUGGCCAAUCCGAGCAAGUUUUGCGACGAGGGAGACUACGGAAGGAUGUCAACCGACGCGAACGAACCAUCCGGAGGAGGYAAGGACUUCUUUGCCUCGGCCCUGGGACGGACCGGACCCGCACCGUCCCUCCUGGCGAAGUUCGGAUUGACGCAGCCACCCCCCCGGCACCUCGGUGCCGACCGGCAGGCGGAUUUGCUGCCGGUUGUGGUCGURGUCAGCACGGAGGGAGGACAGGUYCAGGGCGUCUUGCUCAACCGCCGCACCGGGUAUCUCCUYGGAGAUUUGGAACAGCCCUCGRCUGAUARCGGCGAUAGCAACGAAGAUAUGGCWCCCAUUCUGGAAAAAUUUUGCAUACAGCCUYUGUGGUUCGGCGGGAUCGAUUCGCUCUCGGUGGGUCUCGAUAUGCUGCACCUMUGUCCCACCGUCAAGGACGCAACAAAAAUCACCGAGGACAACGUGUACUGGGGCGGUGAYCCGGCCCAGGCGCAGGACGCCAUGGAAGACCCCUCGCUGGAUCGYGCCUACAGUGGAUUCGACUUCAAGUUCUUUGUUCARUCGACAAUCUGGUCAAAUGCCGGAUCUCUUCAGUCGGAGGUCGACGACAAGAUUUGGUUCCCGGCCAAGGUAUCGCAGAACAUUAUUUUCAAGGUAAGUCUUUUGUGAAUGCAAUGCCCAUGGCGAAUGUUUGAAGUUUGACCWUGGGCGAAACUAUUCACAMGAASAGAAACCAAUUUCUCUCACGCAAUCCAUAUUGCUGUGUGUCUGUUUUCACAAACAAGAGCCGUGAUCGAAUGGGAACCAAAAAGGCCCAACCGCUAUGGACGGAGAUCAUGGGCCUUAUGGGCGAUGAAUACGGUGAGAUCAUGAAGAACUUUUACGCUACAGAAUAAAUKACUUCAAAACGUCGACGUGACGCAUAUAWGGGGAACGAAGGACAUGAAAAACAUGCGGGAGCAACGACAAGGAAACUAAUAAAACAACAACAACAGC